CUCUCUCUCUCUCUCUCUCUCUCUCUCUCUCUCUUUCUUUUCGUGCUCGGACUUCUCAGAGGUACGAUUUCGUAUCGCCAUUUUUGCUUGCCCAAGUUAACAAUCAAUAUCCCAAAAUCCAAUACCUAAAAAGCAAUCUCAAUUAAUUAUUAUUCGAUUACUGAAUUUCGAUUCUCCGAUCAUAAUCCUUUGAAGUUUUCCGAUUACAACUAAUCACUGCUUCGCUUCCUUUCCAUCCAUACCUAGGGUUUAUAUUGCCUCAUUCACAAAUCAAUUUCACAAAUCUCUUAUCAGUUUGAUUUUUCCUUUGAUUAUAAUCUCUACAUAAUAGUGAGUUUUAGUUGUUGUGUUUGGGUAUAUAUAUAUAUAAUAUAAUAUAUAUAUGUAAUGGCGAGCGCCGGCGACGAAGACAACGACGCCGUAUUGAGCGACGUGGAAGCCGACGAUCCGGUGCCGGUUGUGAUCAAGAGUCUCCCUCCGCUGGAAGAUGUUACCGUGGAGAGAUUUCGAGAGGCUCUCGCGGAGCUCGAUCGGGAGAGGCAAGCUCGCGAGGCGGCCGAGAAUUCGAGAUCGGAAUUGCAAACGACGUUCAAUCGGUUGAAGGCUCUCGCUCACGAAGCGAUCAAGAAGCGUGAGGAAGCGUUGCGCGAGAAAGAAGAAGCUUCGAGAUCGAACGAGGCGUUAUCGGCCGAAUUAGCCGAAGCCGUUCGAGUGAAAGACGAUGUUUUGAAGCAGAGGGACGAGUUGGCGAGGCAAUUCGAUGAAGCAGUGAAGGCAAAGGACUCGUCGAGAUCGGAGAUUGAAACUGCGGCUCAGAUGUUAGUUACCGGAAUUGAGAAGAUCUCUGGGAAGGUGAUUAACUUCAAGAAUUUCAACGCUGGUGGAUUGCCGAGGUCACAGAAGUACACUGGAUUGCCAGCAAUCGCUUAUGGAGUUAUUAAGAGAACAAAUGAGAUUGUUGAGGAGCUUCUAAGGCAGAUUGAUUCUACUGCAAAGUCGAGGAACGAAGCACGGGAUCAGAUGGAGCAGAGGAAUUAUGAGAUUGCUAUUGAAGUUUCUCAGCUUGAAGCCACGAUUAGUGGGCUGAGAGAAGAGGUUGUGAAGAAAACUUCUGUUGUAGAGAGUUUAGAGAAAUCUAUAGCUGAAAAGGAUGAUAAGGUGUCUGAGAUGGAAAGAGGGAUGUCAGAUAAAUUAAAUACGGCUGAGAGUGAGUUGACUGAGCUGAGGCGGUUAAUCAGAGAGUAUGAUGAUAAGUUGAGGGACUUGGAAUCGAAAAUGGACUUGCAAAGGCCGUUACUUGUUGAUCAGUUGAAUUAUGUAUCGAAAAUUCAUGACCAGAUUGAUAAUGUUAUUAAAAUAAUUGAUGCUAAUAAACUAGACCAGUCGGAGUUGUCAGAGUCCUUAUUUCUCCCUCGAGAAACAGACAUGGAGGAGAAUAUGCGUGCAUCUUUGGCUGGGAUGGAAUCUAUAUAUGAAUUGACCAGAAUUGUUGUUGAAAAGAGCCAGGAUUUAGUAGAGGAGAGGAAUCAUGAAGUUAAAAGCUUAAAUGAUAUGGUCUCUCGAUUGGUGAAGGAGAAAGAACAUGUUGGGUCGUUACUCAGAAGUGCUUUGUCAAAAAGGAUAUCAGCCGAUCUGUCUUCCAAAACAAAUGAAUUGUUUAAAGUUGCAGAAAAUGGAUUAAGAGAGGCUGGGAUAGAUUUUACAUUUAGCAAUCAUCUUGGGGAUGAAAAAGGUCCAGCUUCGAUUGAUAAAGCAGGUGCUCUGGAGACAGAGGAAGAUGAAAUAUAUACCUUGGCUGGUGCUUUGGAGAAUAUUAUUAAACAAUCCCAACUUGAGAUUAUUGAGCUGCAGCAUUCUGUAGAGGAGCUAAGGGCAGAGGCAAGUUUACUUAAAGAGAAUGUCGAAGCUCAAGCCAAGGAGCUCAGCCAUAGGAAGCAACAAAUAGAGGAACUCGAAGAGAAGGAGAGAGUGGCAAAUGAAAAUGUUGAAGGACUUAUGAUGGACAUUGCUUCUGCUGAAGAAGAAAUUACAAGAUGGAAAGUGGCAGCACAGCAAGAAGCUGAUGCUGGCAAAGCUGUUGAACAAGAUUUUCUAGCACAGUUGUCAACCAUACGCCAGGAACUUGACGAGGCAAAGCAAUCUGCGAUGGAGUCGGAGAAAAAGCUCAAGUUUAAAGAAGAAACAGCAGCUGCUGCAAUGGCAGCAAGAGAUGCUGCUGAGAAAUCAUUGAGAUUGGCAGACUCGAGGGCGUCCAGGCUGAGGGAGAGGGUUGAGGAGCUGACGCAUCAGCUCGAGGAGCUCGAUACUCGACAAAACUCAAGAAAUAGCCAAAAUGGCCCUAGAUAUGUCUGCUGGCCAUGGCAAUGGCUCGGGUUGAACUUUGUAGGUGUACCCCGGUCCGACACGCAGCAAGAACCAAGGAAUGAAAUGGAGCUUUCUGAACCCCUUCUCUGAAAUAUACUCUCUUUAGUUUCUUCUUUCCAACCUUUGUGUAUUUAUUGUAGCUUGUAGCACAUUCAUUCUUCAAGGCAAAGUCCAUUAAUCUUAUUAGCUAAUUGUACAAACACAAGCAUGUUUUAGAGCCUCAGAGUCUUAUGACAAAUUUUCUGUUUUUUCUCACUAUGAAAUAUGAUUGUAUUUUCUAGUCA